AUGCCCUGCAACGACAUCCUACCAGGCGCCGAGAAUGCGCGUUGUCCGCCACGCCGAGGCGGUAAGGACGUCCGGCGGGCGCGCUCGGCGCUGGUCCUCUACACCGAGGCCUCGCGGGAGCGGCUGCGGGCGGCCAACCCGCAUGCCAAGUACGCCGAAGUGACUCGCCUCGCGUCCGCCGAGUGGAAGGCGCUGGGCCUGAGCGCGCGGGCCGACUGGGAAAAGGCGGCGGUGGACGACAAGCUGCGGUUCGAGCGCGAGAGGGCGGCGGCGGACGCCGCGGCCGGCGGCGCGGCCGGCGGCGCGGCCGGCAGCGCUGCUGCAGGCGGGCCGGUGACCGGAUUAGCCAGCAGCAUUCUGAGCGGGCAGUUGCCAGUCGGGCCGGGCUCGCCGAUGCUGCGGAGCGGCGGCGGCGGCGCUGGGCUGCAGCCGCCGUCGUCGGGCGCGCGCCGAACCCAGCGGCGCAUCGUGGCGCGCGAGCUCUUCAUCGUGACCGAGCUGAUGGAGCGAGGGUCGCUUGAGGACUGCCUGCGCGCACACCCGGCCGAGUUCCGGCGCGCGAGAGAUGGCCCGAGAGAUGGGGGAGAGAUGGGGGAGAGAUGGGAGAUGUGGGAGCGGCUCGGCCGGCGCGUCCUCCUCGACACAGCAAAGGGGCUCCUCUACUUGCACGGCCGCGGGCUCGUCCAUUUUGACGUCAAGCCACUCAACAUCCUCGCGCACAACGUGGCGAAGCUCUCCGAUGUGGGGCUCACCAAGAAGCUCAACAACACGCUCACGCGGCCGGGCGGCUGGACGCCCGCCUACGCCGCCCCCGAGAUUCUGGCGCGGCAGGGCGCCAACGAGACGUCCGACAUCUACUCGUUCGGCCUCGUCGUGUAUACGCACCGAGUGCCAUCGCCCUUCGAGCCCUGCCGGGUGGCGGCCAGCUGGCCCGUCGCGCCGCUGCUCGUCGGCGCGGGGCGCGAGCACGAAGGGGCGCUCGCGCUGGACAAGGAGAGGCGGCCGAGCGGCGUCCAUCUCAAGGACGAGCUCGACGCUCUCGCCGCGGGCGGCGGGCCUUGA